AUGGCAUUCUAUAUUGCUCUAGCUUGGCGCCCAAUCCAAGAAGAUUCAAAUAUUCGACUCCUCACGAACGCCGUCGCCUUGGAUCCUUCAUCAGCCCUCAACAGUAUCCACGGCUUGCCGUUCACCUUCGACACAAGCUCUGGAUUAAUAGACAAAAGCUACGUCGAUCGUCUGGAGCUCCGCGCAGCCAACCGUGCCCUUCUUCACAUCCCACACAACGGCACAGCAACACCUGUUCCCGACCCAAGCGAGACAGCCGCAGCCGCAGCCAUAACGCAAGAGCUAAAUAUAGUCCGAAUAGACGUGUUGAGCCUCAAAAGCCAAUUGUACGACCAAGAUGAGCAAGCAUUGGACAAUGUCCUCAAGGAAGAAACCACCAAUGCGACCCAGUGGCUGACAACCUACCUCAGCAACUCCAAUGGAGUCUAUAGAGACGAUUAUGUCAAGAUCAACGUAUCAGGCAAAUUAAUCCACUCUAUGAUUAUCCCGUUCCUUACACCCAUAUUCUUCGGCACUGGCAUUGUAGCGCCUUCGCCAACAAUACAGGAAAUUACCGAGGGCGUCUUCUUUUCCUCCCAUCCAGAGCAUUACCAGUUGUAUCUCGGGAAUAUUACCGGAAUCAACAGGAACACGCUGCAUCUGAUCGCCGCAAUGCUUGGUACCAAGUAG